AUGCAUCUUCUUCUGGCCCUACUCCCCCUCGCCGCUCAGGCCGUCAAUAUCAUCUCGUCAAAUGAUGACGGCUGGGCCGAGAAGAACAUUCGCACCUUAUAUGACUCCCUGACGACAGCCGGCCAUCAGGUGGUGAUUUCCGCACCGGCGGAGAACCAGAGCGGAAAAGGCUCGCGCGAUGAGCCCCCAUCAAACCUCACGGAGGCGUGCGAAUUCAACAGCUGCCCGCCCGGCCAGGCCUACGGAUACAACGCCUCCCAGCCGCACUGGAACUACGUCAACUCGUACCCCGUCACCUCCAUGAAACACGGCAUCCAAACCCUCGCCCCCAAGUUCUUUGGCGGCGUCCCAGACCUCGCCGUGGCAGGGCCCAACGUCGGCGCUAACAUCGGCCUCGCCGUGUUUCUCUCCGGCACCGUCGGGGCGACUACCUACGCCGCGCACACGGCCAAGAUCCCCGCGAUCGCCUUCUCGGGCUUCACGGGCGACGCCAUCGCCUGGAACGAGAGCACACCGGCGUACAGCACGAUCUACGCGGAUCUGGCGGCCAAGGUGACCGACCGGCUCGUGGCCGCGGGCACGCCGUAUCUGCCCGAGGACAUCUGGCUGAACGUGAACUUUCCCCGGGUGACGGACUCGAGCUGCACCAGCGUCGACGAUUUCCAGUUCAUCCUGACCCGGAUUCUGGGAGCGAUUCCGGUGGUGACUCCUGAUGAUGUGGAGACCUGCGGCGAGAAACGCCUGCCGUCGGAGACGUCGGUGGUGUUGCGCGAUGGGUGCUAUGCGAGUAUCUCCGUGGGUAAUGCUGGCGACAAGCGGGAUGCCAAUGCGACCAUGCAGGCGGUGGUGUUGGACAAACUGGGCGACCUGCUGACUUGUCUGCCGAAUUGA